AAGCGGAGGCCAUUUUUCCCCACCCCCUUUUGCGAACGAGGAAGGGACUCUAGCCAUGGCAGACGAUCAACGGGAUUAUAACUUGAACGAGGCGCAAAAAGGCAUCAAAGCCAAGUAUCCUCCUAUCCAGAGGAAAUACGAGUAUUUGGAUCAUACUGCUGAUGUGCAGUUGCAUGCCUGGGGAGACACUCUGGAAGAGGCCUUUGAGCAAUGUGUGAUGGCCAUGUUUGGGUACAUGACAGACACCGAGACUGUUGAGCCCCUGGACACAGUCGAGGUGGAAGCCAAGGGCCAUGACAUGCUGUCUCUUCUUUUUCACUUGCUGGAUGAGUGGCUGUAUAAAUUCAGUGCAAAUGAGUUUUUCAUUCCCAGGGAAGUGAAAGUGCUUUCAAUUGACAGAACACACUUCAGAUUAAGGUCCAUUGGGUGGGGAGAAGAAUUCCGCUUAAUCAAACAUCCUCAGGGCACAGAGGUCAAAGCUAUAACAUACUCAGCAAUGCAGAUCCACGAGAAAGAAAAAAUAGAGGUCUUUGUCAUCAUUGACAUCUAAAAGAAGAAAACCAGCCCAUCCUCAUGCCUUGGCAGAUGUUCUCAACACUCCCAAGCAGAGGGCCUGUUCCUCUGGAGGAUAACAUGGGCUAGUUGACUCACAGUUCUGCAAGGACAUGAAGAUAUCUGGAGCAACUGAACAGGAGAGAAUCUCAGGGAAUGUCUCAUUCUGGGAUGCCUUAGUGGAAGAUGAAGCGCAGCAGGGAUGUUCUGAAGAGCGCAUGCUUGUGGAAAGAUUAAUACCCAUUGGGGCUGGCUUCUUACUUAGAGUAAAUUUAAGAAGGAUAAUAUUCUUUUAGUGAGGAAAAAGGUGGCACAAAGAAUUAUAAUGUCAAUAUGGACCAAGCUAGAUUUGAGUGCAACAAGAUUUUUGGGAUAUAAGCUUUUGAGAACCAAAGCUCCUCAAGAUUCUUGUUGGUCUCUGAGGUGCUACAGGACUUGAGUCUGGCUGUUCCGUUGCACACUGACAUGGCUACCCUCUGAAAAUAUGGACAGAUUCUGUGCUGUCCUGCAUGCCAAGCUUUCUUCUUGUACUUCCUGUUGUCAUUUUAAACCCAUCUCUCAGGUCAGAUGGAAUUCCUUGCAGCAUCCUUUUUACCAGAAGAUCGUAUUCCUCACCCUGUCUCCUUGUUCAGCCCCCAUAGGAAGCAGUACACCCUGUGUUCCAUACAAAUGUAAUGUGCCCAAUCUCCUAAACCAUGGUUAGGAGAAACAGAGAGCAGCGUGCUUCCUUCUCUCCACCCAGGCAAGGAACACAAACAGCUUGUCCCCCUCCCUUCUUCAAACCAUGGUUCUCAAGGCUUAAACUUAAGCAUGACCAACGUGGGUGAAGAUGUAACAAUGCACCAUGGUUAAAAUAAACCACAGAAUAGAU